GACUGACUUAUGUUUCUCAACCAAUGUUUGAACAGUCGCUGCAUCUUUAUGCAUGAUCGUUCCCUUUAAACACUUCAAAGGGUUGAGGAACACUCACGUCGAGUCUCCAAAACCAGAAUACACCCAGACGUUCGAUUCAUCCCAAUCUACAGAUGUGGUUUCCUGUCGUGUUGCUACUCAUCGUUUCGUCUGUGCUUGCAAUUGAAAUUGGAGAUGAUCUCAGCUUCCAAUUGGAUUUGAUUAAGCAUCAACCGUGCAAUCGUGGUAGCAAUGCUAAAUGGACAAAAAAGUUGGAGUUCGAGUCAGGCACCGACAAGAAAGGCCCAAAGCUGGAACCAAUUGCUGAUCGACCGAAUUGUUACACUAUUGGAGGAAAAGUGGAUGUGUUAGAGGAUUUCCACGGCGAAUUCUCCAUUUAUCUUGAGCUGCGUAAUACUGCCAGCAAGAGGCAGGUACCAGAAAGUUGCGUCAAGCAGGGAGCUGAUGGUUGUGGUGGAUUCGGCUCUUGUUUGUACUGCAACGCCUGCAAAACAUUCGGCGACAACAUUGGAGUGCAAGCACAGCUGCUUUUAGAUGGAAACCCCAUCAAGUGUUCUGAUGGCUUGGCGAAAGGAACGUACAACAAUCUGAAACUUGCCUUCUGCCUACCAAAAAUGGAAGAUAUUCUUCGUUCACAAGGUCUCACGAAGGAAACCUUCCUGCAACUUGUUCGCAGUGACGAUGGUCAAUCUGUUCGUUCAAUGGGCAUAUUUGCCACAGUGUAUAUCUUCGACACAGAUGUGAGCAAGCAAAUGCAAACACAGGCUCGAAUUGAGAGCGUCUAUCGCAAAACCAAGAAAAGCUUCUUCAAGGAUGAGCCGCUUCCCGCUGACGUCUACUGGAGUCUUCCUUUCAACAUGAUGAUAAAGAACCAGCAAGUUUUCGUCGCUUGUCACAAGAUUUACGGCAAUCUCAAAAUCAACCAGCACUAGCACCCUAGCACUCACGUGGUAUUUCUAUCACUAUCGUCUUGCACUUGUUUGUACAUACGUUAAUCACAGUAGUGGAUUUGAAUGAAGA